GCCGCCCCUACCAAGUGGGGCGGAGGGCCGGGGGCGGCGUCUGUUCCCGGGACUGAGGCGGCGCCUCAGUCUCUCGGCUGCUACCAGAACACCCGCCACCUCUCCGUAGGCGACAUCUUGCUCGGAAGAAAAGUGCGGCGGAGGCGAGGGCUUUAGGCUGCUGCUCAGCGCGCCGGACAGGGGCCGCGGCAAAGCAGGUGGCGGCGGCGCAGAGCUGAGGGUUUUCGCGGCCCGGGCCGCACCAUGUCCCCGGGUAGCGCGGUGAAGAGCGAGUACAUGAAGCGCUACCAGCAGCCGCGCUGGGACGAGUACGGGCCUUGCUACCGUGAGCUGCUGCACUACCGCCUGGGCCGCCGGCUGCUGGAGCAGGCGCACGCGCCUUGGCUCUGGGACGACUGGGGCUCGGCCGGGACUUCGGACGACUCGGCGUCUUCAGCCUCGUCGGGCGCCGGGGCCCCCACGGCCCGCCGCACCCGGGCCUCGCCCCCGCCGUCCGCAGAGCCCCAGUCGCGGGAGGACCUGGAGCCGCAGGCGGGCGCGGCCGCGGAGGAGCAGAGCGCAGAGGCGGGAGGCGCGGGGGACGCGGAGCUGCCAGCAUUGCCUGUAAUUGAUGUAAAAGAAAAGCCUGAGAAGAUCAGAAUAAAAGAGACUGACAGAUCACCCAACAGAAUUGAACCUUGUCAACAGCCAAGUGCCUUAUUUGCUAGAGGAAGUAGAAAAACAGUUAGAAGUCCUCAAAGAUCAUCAAGUAAAAUAAAAGAAAAGCAUCCAUUUGCUCUUUAUGGGUGGGGUGAAAAACAGACAGAUACAGGAAGCCAAAAAACUCAUAAUGUCUGUGCUUCUGCUCCAGUACAUGAGAUUCAUGAAUCAGCAUUGCGAGCCAAGAACAGAAGACAGGUGGAAAAAAGGAGACUGGCUACUCAAAGGCAACGUGCUCACUCUGUAGAUCUGGAGAAAAACAGAAAGAUAAAACCUUUGUCUUCUGAAAAUCCAUGGAUGACAGAAUAUAUGAGAUGCUAUUCAGCAAGAGCUUAAAGGAAGAACAGUUGCUUGGACAGCUUCUCUUUAAAAGUAUUCAUAAAAGAGAACAAACAUCAUCAAAAGAAACCUGGACAUAGGUUUUAAAAACUAGCUACUCUUGCAAGGUUUUCCUUAGGGAAUUUCCAAAGAUUAUUGGAUGGAUUUUGGUCACCAGCCUCAGCAGUAAGGUGACAGUUGAAGCCAUAGACAUUUGGUUAUUUAUGAAGGUAAUUCCCUAAGUAUUUAGUACUGCUAUAAGAGUUUUGUUUUAAAGCAUUUUAAUCAUUUAAGAUACUGACACCAAAUGCCUUUAAAUGGCAAUAGAUGCUUAACAUUCAGUAUUUAUUUCUUAAAUUUAGAUAGAACCCAUUUUUAUCUUGUUUUGAAAAACUUUUCAGAUUCCAUAGCUAGUAAGAUCAUUCCAUCUUUCUGCCUGAACUGUACUUUCUUUCUGUAGUUUUCUUUGUGAAAGACUAUCAAGUCAAAAGUAAGUUUCAGCACUUAACUGAUUCCAUGUAUUGUGAAACUAUAACUUUGGUAGUUCCUGGAAAAUUAAACUUACUUAUAUUUCAGUUCAGUACUUCAUGUAAACUAUGAUAUUUAAAAAGUUUCUGGACUGGGUAAGGAUUAUCAUUUCUCUUUAAAUUAUCAUACAGGCACUUAUUUUCCAGUAGUUCAAAUGCAUUCCAAUAAAUGAAGUGUCAGUGAAAUGUGUUCAGAGUAGUACUGAAGUUUAUUUUGAAUCAAAGACCAUCACUUAUUGUAAGAUUGAUUUUUUUAAUUUAAACAUAAUGGAGAAUCAGUCACUUGGCUGUAGUUUGACCAUUUGGCUCACAGCCAUUGUGGACUUACUAUCUUCCAUAAUAGUUGGCAAUGGUUUUUAGAACUUAAAAUCUGAAAUUUCAUAAUACACUUGACAUUGUCUUGAGAAAUCUAGCUCACUUUCUUCUACUUUUUCCUCAGUUCACUAAUAACAAAGCUUUGAUGAUGUACACUGUUCAGACUUUUGUUUGAAAUACAUUAUUCCAGCAUUCCUAGCCAAUAGAUCUCCUGUAGAACCAAAUGUGAGAAAAUGUUGGGGUGUGUAUAGGCAUAAAUGUAAGUAUGUAAACAUAAUGUUCAUUUUCUUUAUUGUGUUUGUUCUCAGAAUACAAAAAUGAUUUUAAGAAACAGUGUUUCCAUUUGAUGGGGACAGGAAGGAUGAAUGCUAAGAUUCUUUACAAGUGAGAAAGAAGUUUUUUUUUAUACCUGGAAAUAUGUGAAUGAGAAUGUGUUGGAUGUGAGGUUGAACAUUUCUUUAAAGUAAUUACUCUAGGUCUCUGAAGGUUAUGGCCAGUUUUCAGAACAAAAAGGGUUUUAUUUCACAUAAAGUCUUCACCAUAUGACUGUAUUAAUGUUGGAAGACUCAUGGUGAAUAGUCAUGGACUUUUUUUAUAAAAGGACUUUUAAGAUACUACAUUGUUUUGAGGUCAGUUUGUUUACAUAGCUCUCCUAGUCACUGAGAUAUGUAUUAAAUAAGACAUCUUAUGUGUUGCCCCAAGCCACAUGUAACCUGUUUUAUUGAAUUUUGCUAUUAAACAUUGCAAGUAGCUAAUGAUCAA